CUCCAACUGCAGCUCCAGGCAUGCAAAUGGAUAGGGAUGGACUAAGGACGCAAUCCAUCUCAAAGGCAUACUGUAGGCCUUUACGCUCUGCCCAGUUUCAAACCUGCAACGCUUCUUCAGCUUCACCGCUGCCUAUUUAAUCGAGUACCACCUCACCCGUAUCCAAAACUGGCUUUGGAUCUCAAAUGUUGGCAUACUUGGCGCUAUGGCCUCUACAGACCCUUGGCUCUGGUCUGUUGAUGACGUUGUGAAUCAGGUCUGCCAUUCCCAACGCCUCUUUGAAGCUGCCGGCUGGGGUCCUCCAAACUGUCCUGAUCCCAAAGUAUUCGAAGACGAACUUCGGGGCAAUGAGAUAUCUGGCGCGGCUUUUUUAACAGGCAUCGAUGACGAUUUCCUCAAGCGUGAACUCAAUAUUCACGCACUUGGUCGAAGGCGAGCCCUGCUUGCCGUCGUUGCGCACUUGAGGAAUCUUUCACCUAAGUAUGCACUACAAGCUGUCUUAACAGGCGAUGGCAUCACUCAAACCCACAUUCCCAUAAGAGAACAGCACAAUUCUCAGCCCCAUUUUAAUUCACACGAGAUUAUGGUCGUGGAUGGAAGUGGACGAAAACGUAGAAAGAUCGAGCCAUUUCACUUGGCCUCAUUUACGCCCCCCACCGAGCCCAUCCCCGCGGCCAAGAGUUCUAGCGAACAUGAGGAUGACGAUCAGGAUAGCUUUAACAAUGAUGUCGAAGAAAGCGAUCGUUCUGGAGAAGAAGACGAAUCCCUCGAGGACAGCGAAGCUGAAACGGACUACUCUUGGAGUGAAGAUCUUGAUGUAUACGAUUUCAAUGACGCAGACUCCGAAGAAGAGGCUAGCGAAGACACCCACGCUGAGGAGGGGCAGCUCAGCAGGGCGCAAGUUAAUGCAAUUAUGGAUGAGCGCAUUGCCUAUUACCAGCAAGAAUGGGAGCUUCGAGAGCUCCCUGAGGAACGGCGACAAGCAUUUGGGCGCUGGAACCGUCCUGGCUCUCCAGGCUACAGAAGCUUUUAUGCUCGAUUAACUAAACGGGAAAUCGAAAAGUUCCGAAUCAGACUUCGCACCGUUCGCCGAGACAUGCGUAUGCUCAGUUGGAAUGAUGAGGAUGCACUUCGACAGCUUUGUUCCAGUUUUGAAAAUACAGUGUAUCAGAUGGAAAAAGAGAAAUUCAAUCUCCAAAUAUUUCUCCGUGACUCUCCCCCGCCCAAACAAAAUAUACCCCGGGCGCCCAAGCCGUCUCGAAGACAACCUCAGCCCAUUGAUGAAGAGGGUGAAGAGGUCACUGAUGACGAGGACUCCGACAUUGAAGAGAAUUUCAUGGAUUUGCACGACUUUAUCGUCAGCGACGAGGAGGAUGGAAGUCUUAAGCAAGCUCCCAAUUUCUGCCCGGCGUCAGAGCUAGACAGCGUAGUAGGCGAUGAUUCCAGUCCAGUACCACCAGAACCUUGCGAAGAUGAGGGCAGAAAAAGACUUUCAACAGCGGGUGAUAGAGUGGAAGUUGAUAGCCCCGAAGAAAUCGGCCAAAUGCCAUUUCACACUGUUGAGACCUUUAUCGACCUCGGAGAUUCCUCUGACACACAAUCCAACUGUCUUUCAAUGCCUGACUCAACAUCUCAGAAAUUUGCUCCAGAUAUCUUGCCUGCCACGACUUUGCUUACCUCAAAUCCCGCCCUAGCAUCCGCUGAGGAGAUUGCCCAAUGGGCAUGGGGCGAAGUCCUGGAGGAUGACCACGCCAACGAGAGGACCCUGCUGAAGCUUCUAUAUGAAAUGGGCGAAGCUGGUCGCACCAUGCUCCGCAACCGCAUCUCCCAAAUUAGCAGAGACAGUCUUAUGCGGGAGAUUAAGAGGUGCGUCACAAUGUUUGCAGAGGGAGAGAACAAAAUGGAAGGGAUUCUGCGUGAUGAUCUUACUAAGAUCAUCAAGCUCACUAAAUUAUUUCUAUCCUUCUACUUAAGGGGGAACUACUCCGAGCAAGAUGUUGCAGAUGACGACAUGAGAGAACUCCAAGAAGUUCUCAAAGAUGGUUUAGACUUUGAUUUGGGGUGCUUUUUCGACCUCACUGAACAAUUUCUGGGGACCAUAUUCCAACAAACACCGAAUUCCGCCUCGAGUCAAGCUCAAUCACGAGCCAUUCCGCUAGCGCACACUGAGAUAAUUACCAUCUCAAGCGAUGACGCGGACGAACGGCCGAAUCCAAAGAAGCGGAAGAAGAAGCCAUCUCAAUCUGCCAGGGAAGCAAAAAAGAGACAAAAUAUUGCACACCAACGGCAACAGGAUCAAGCUAGUAGCCAGCAUUUAUUGCCACAAGAUAACAUUCAUACGGUGUCAUCAAAUCCUAACGAUAUUAUAAGCACUGGAACACAUGGACAAACUAUCUCUCUGUGUGCAGAAUUUGCGCAUAGCAUCAAGUCUCACCAGACCGACGGAGUGCGUUUUAUGUGGAGAGAACUCGUGUCCGCUGGAGAAGACGAUUGUGGUUGCGUCCUGGCACACACUAUGGGACUUGGAAAGACUUUCCAGACCAUUGUGCUCCUUACUUCCAUCGCUCUAGCUGCAUCUACUCCCACCACCCGAGCUCAAGUUCCCAAACGAUUAAGAGAGUCGAGAACGUUGAUCCUAGCCCCAGCAAUGAUUGUCCCAUAUUGGGUGGAAGAGUUGAAGCGGUGGACACCAGACUAUGCUAAGCGUCUGCUCGGCCCCGUGAGGAAAAUAACGUCUAACAUGUUGACAGACGGACGUGUAGCAGAAGUGGAUAAAUGGUCGAAUGGUGGUGGUAUCCUUGUCAUUGGAUACCACCUUUUUCGCAACCUCUUCAACGGCGAAGGCCUCGAGGAUGAACUGACGCGCUCUAAUGUUCAUCGCCAACUCAAAGACAGUGCCCAUAUCGUCGUCGCCGACGAGGCGCAAUUUAUAAAGAAUGAAGACGCUAAGAUCACCACUGCAGUGAACCAGCUGCGGACUACAAGGAGAGUUGCAUUGACAGGCACCCCACUCGCCAACCACAUGGAGGAGUACUUUUUUCUUAUUGACUGGGCCUCUCCUGGAUAUCUCGGGAAGCUGCAAGAUUUUCGAUAUCAGUAUAAAAACCCAAUUGAGCAAGGGUUGUAUGCUGAGAGCUACGAUGGGGACUACCGACGAGCGCUCAAGCGGCUUAGGGUUUUAGAACAAACGCUUGAACCGAAAGUCCAUCGACGAGACUUCAGGGUGCUACAAAAAGACCUGCCGCCGAAACUAGAGUUUCUUAUAACGCUUCCACUCUCCGAGUUUCAAGAGAAGACUUACAAGGUAUUCGUAGAGAUGCAACUCAAAGGCACGGAAGGCAAAAAGAUCAGCAAUGCCACUCUUUGGGCGUGGCUCCCAGUAUUGUCCCUCCUUUGUACGCAUCCUAUGAUUUUCUGCGACCGGCUCUUUAACCGCCCCAACAAGUGGAAGAAGAAUAUGGAGGCUCUCAACGAAGGGGACGUGAGCAGUCCUUGGGACGUUGAACAGAACGGCAGUGUUGAACAGAAUGGCAACCUUGAACAGAACAGCAAUGUUAAAGAGAAGGCAGCUUCACUGGAUGAACAAAUGCUUAAACGGCAGCGAGAGAUGUUCGAUUCAGCAUCAACCGAGGUCAUUCUGUUGUCAGCCAAGAUUGAAAUUUUGGACCGAAUUCUUGACCAUUCACGAUCAGCAAGAGAUCGAGUUGUCAUCUUCAGUCAGAGUCUUGACGUCCUUGAUUUUCUGGAGGCCCGGUUCCUAAUGCAGGGUAGGACUUUUAUGAAGCUUACGGGGUCGACUGCUACAUCUAAAAGGCUCGACGAUGUUGAUAGAUUUAACUCCGGGGACUGUGAAGUAUAUCUCAUCUCUACCAAAGCCGGCGGCGUAGGCUUGAACUUGACUGGGGCAAAUAGAGUUGUGAUUAUGGACAGCAGGCAUAAUCCUCAAGAUGAAGAACAAGCGGUUGGUCGUACCCACCGAAUUGGCCAGCUCAAACCCGUUUUCGUGUAUCGACUCACAGUUGGAGGCACAUUCGAGGACAAACUCAUCAACAAUGGUCAUUUUAAGCGCCAACUCGCUCUUGCUGUGGUCGAUCAAGAGCGUCCACGCCGUCAAGCAUUCAAGAGUAUCGAUUACCUGAUGGAGCCUGAGCUAGUAGAUCAAAUGGACUUAGAUCAUCACCUCGGUUUAGACUGUGAGGUUCUCGACAAGCUCAUACAAUCCCCAGACACACGCAACUGGAUUCGUGUCAUUGAGAGGGUGAAUCUGCAGGACCCAGAUCUUGAGGCUCAAUUAACAGAGGGGGAAAGGAGAGAAGUGGAAAGUGAUGUUAUUCGUGAGGAGAGAGCGCGCCGUCUGCGGAGUCAGACGAGGAAAAUGCAGGCAGCUGCUGGUUUAGCUUUAUAGUCUAUUAAUACCCUACGUGAAUGAGGUGAAAAUGGAAGUGUCGUACUUGAACUCUGGUCAAUUUUGUGGUAUGUCUGCGAAGGAUUGGAUUUUGACUUCGGUGUUUAGGAGUUUAAGUAACGCG